CUAACUUGUUCACAUUUAUGUACAUAUGCACCUGCAAUGGCCUGAUUGGCCAAAGCCCCCGUGAGCUUUCUCCUCAUAUCUAGCCAUCAUCGCCUGCUGCCUUCCCUCCUCAUUUCUUGGUCAUGUAUUAACUCAAUGCUCCCAUCACCUUUUUGACUAUUUUCUCUCUGUCCUUGCGUCUCUCGCCGUGGAUUGCGCGGUCCAUCGAAAGACUUGCCGUACUUAUAAGUCUCCAAGUCUCUCUCUCUCUCUCCCUCCCAAGCGCCCCAGCUUCCUCAUCACUUCUCGCCGCCGUCUCCUCCUCCUCCUCCGCCGCCGCCGCCGCCGCCUUCUUCCUCGAACCGGCGAAGCGAGAACCCUAGUUCAAACCCCCGCAAAUGCAACUCCUGAAGAUCCUGAAGCUGCCCACCAAGCACCCCCUCUCCCCCUCCCGCCUCAUCAACCUCAUCCUCAUCCCCUCCUCCCUCUACAUCCUCUACCUCCUCCUCUGCCUCCUCCUCAACACCGCCCACCCCCACCACCUCCUCCGCCCCGAUCCGCCCUCCCUCUCGUCUCCCUCGCAUUCCGGCUCAACCUCUCCUCCUCCUCCCCCUCCUCUCGCCCUCCACCACCUCGUCUUCGGCAUCGCCUCCAACAAGGACUCCUUCCCCCGCCGCCGUCACUAUAUCGCGCAAUGGUGGCGCCCCGGCGUCACCCGCGGCUUCGUCUUCGUCGACGCCCCCGUCCCCCUCCCCGGCGGCGGCGGCAACAAUGACACCCGCCGGAACCGCCACCUCCCUCCCGUCCGCGUCUCCGAGGACGCGUCCCGGUUCCCCUACACCAACGAGUACGGCCUCCGGUCCGCCGUCCGCGUGGCCCGCGUCGUGGUGGAGACGGUGGCGAUGAACCUGACGGGGGUGCGGUGGUUCGUGUUCGGGGACGACGACACGGUGUUCUUCCCGGACAACCUGGUGAAGACGCUGUCCAAGUACGACGACGGGCUGUGGUACUACGUGGGGAGCAACUCGGAGGUGUACGAGCAGAACCGGGUGUUCUCGUUCGGGAUGGGGUUCGGCGGCGCCGGGUUCGCCAUCAGCUACCCGCUCGCCAAGGUGCUGGCCAAGGGGUUCGACGGCUGCAUCGAACGGUACGCGCACGCCUACGGCAGCGACUCCAGGGUCUACGCUUGCCUGACCGAGCUCGGCGUCGGCCUGACGCGCGAACCCGGGUUUCAUCAGUUCGACGUCCGGGGCGACACGUUCGGCAUCCUCGCGGCUCACCCGGUCACCCCGCUGGCGUCCCUCCACCACAUCGACUCCACCGACCCGAUCUUCCCCAACAUGACCCGACCCCAGGCCCUGCGGCACCUCUUCCGAGCCGCCCGGACCGACUCCCAGCGGCUCCUCCAGCAGUCGGUCUGCUAUGCCCCGUCGCUCUCGUGGACUGUCUCGGUCUCGUGGGGCUACGCGGUCCAGGUCUUCCCGCGCCACCUGCCGAUGACCGAGGCGGUCCGCGUGCGGGAGACGUUCCGGCAGUGGAAGAAGGGGAGCGUGCUCGCGCGGUCAUACGGGUUCAACACCAGGGAGGUCGAGGCCGACCCGUGUGAGCGGCCCACUGUGUUCUUCAUGAGCAGCGUGGCUUCGAGUAAGGAUUGGAUCAAGAGCUCUUACAAGAAACACAACGACAGCGGCUGCUCGAGCGACAUGGAUUCGCCGAGGAUGCUCGAGGAAGUGAGGGUCUACUCUCACAAACUCGAUCUGGAUAUCAAACAGUUGCAGGCUCCAAGACGGCACUGCUGCAACGUUUUACCUUCCUCCGUUGGCAAAGUGAUGGAGAUUGUCAUCAGGGAGUGCGGAGAAGAAGAAUCGAUCUUCAUGCGUCAGUAGAGUAGCAUACACUGUUCUCUUUCUUCGGCCAAAUUUACGAGCUGAUUGUAUUACUCCAGUGUACAUACUUCCUUCCCCACAAUCCAUAAUGCAACUAUACUGAAGAUCGCUGACCAUAUCCGCGUCGUAUUAAUAAAUGCAGAAACAGAAACAUUACCGAAGUUUCAGGCUCUUUCUGCAAAAUGAGUUCUUAGUACUGUUCUCAUCGAAACAAAAUUAUAUGAAUUGGCAAUCUGUGAUCUGGUUA